AUGGCAUCGGAUAUUCAGCCCAAGCGUGAUUUGACACGCUUUGUGAAAUGGCCUCGUUAUAUCCGCUUGCAGAGGCAGCGCUCCAUCCUGUACAAGCGUCUGAAGGUUCCCCCCGCAAUCAACCAGUUCACUCAGGCUCUGGACCGUCAGACCGCCACACAACUGUUCAAGCUGGCCCAAAAGUACAGGCCAGAGACCAAGCAGGAGAAGAGGCAGAGGCUGCUGGCCCGCGCUGAGCAGAAGGCAGCUGGAAAGGGAGAUACCCCCACCAAGAGGCCUCCCGUCCUCCGUGCAGGUGUGAACAGUGUCACCUCUCUGGUGGAGAGCAAGAAGGCCCAGCUUGUCAUCAUUGCCCACGAUGUGGAUCCAAUUGAGCUCGUUGUCUUCCUGCCAGCUCUGUGCCGCAAGAUGGGUGUCCCAUACUGCAUCGUCAAGGGCAAGGCUAGACUGGGCAGACUGGUGCACAGAAAGACAUGCACUUCAGUUGCCUUCACACAGAUUAACCCUGAGGAUAAAGGUGCACUUGCCAAGCUCGUGGAAGCCAUCAAGACCAACUACAACGACAGAUAUGAGGAGAUCCGUCGUCACUGGGGAGGCGGCAUCAUGGGUCCCAAAUCCACAGCUCGCAUCACAAAGCUUGAGAAGGCAAAGGCCAAGGAAUUGGCAACCAAGCUUGGUUAA